GACAUAACACCAUAACUGCAUUUCCUCUGUUUCAUUUCAUUUUCUACUCUCUAAUUUUCUUUGUUCCAAGGCAAAAAAAAAAAUGGGAACCGCUACAUUUGUUGAAAUCAUCUUGGCUAUCAUCCUCCCCCCACUCGGUGUUUUCCUCAGAUUCGAAUGUCAGGUUGAGUUCUGGAUCUGUUUGUUGCUGACGUUCUUGGGGUACCUCCCAGGGAUCUUGUAUGCUCUCUAUGUCCUCACCAAGUAGAAUUCGGCUCUUGUUGCACUCACUUGGUGUUGCCGAAUUCUUUUAUCAUGAUGUUGAAGAUAUUUGUUUGUUUGUUUGUUUAGUAGUUAAUUACUAGUAGGUAUUGUGGUGUUGUCGAGGGCUCCAUGUAUUUGUGUUUUAGUUGAUUGUGUUUUCUGUAAUUGGAAUCCUUUCUUUUCCCGUGGGGUUGCUGAUUACCGUUGUUGUGUUGUUCGGAUCAGAUCGUCUUUCUCAAAGUGUCUUAAUUAUUUUGUUAAAUAAACUUUAUAGAUUCUCUUGUGCGAU